GGCGAUGGGAAGAAUUGAGCGAAAUAGAGGAGAUCAAGGCGACAAUGAAAUCGAUCCACAAAGGAUCCGAAAAGGCCAUACUCAUACACAAAGUCCUUUAUGGAUCAAUUGGAUCUGAAGCCACUCGUCGUACUGAUAUUAUGGAUUUCUCGGGAAUUAAAGGUGAGAACGCGACUGAGACUAAAGAACUUGUUGAGAAGAAAGAAGCGUCUUUGGCUAAGCUUUCAUACGCAGAUCUUAUCGAAGUCUGCAGAGUUCUUUGCCUUGCGGGUGCUUCGAAGGAAAAGACUAAAGAGAAGUACGCACAAGAGAUCGUCAAAUUCAUGCAGAAGCCUGGCAACACAAAACCCGUUGUGACCGCUACGGAAGAUGUUGCUCACGUGGAAGAGAGUGAAGAGGAGGAAGAAAAGAAGCCAAAGAAAACAGCAAAGAAGGGCAAAAAAGAAGAGAAAGAGGAGAAACCAAAGAAAUCAGCGAAAAAGGAAACUAAGUCGAAAAAAGAGGAAAAGGAAGAGAAACCAAAGAAAACUACUAAGAAGGAAACCAAGAAAGAGGCGAAAACACCAAAGAAGGAUGAGAAGAAACCUGCUAAGAAAGAAGAGAAGGAAGCAAAAACUCCAAAGAAAGAAACUAAAAAGGAGAAAAAGGAAACGAAAACUCCAAAGAAGUCGAAGAAGUAA